AUGAUGGUUGCUGAAAUGAGAAAUGCAAAGGGUUUGGCGAAAAAUGCGACUUCACCGUGUUCAAUCCCUGCUGCGAUAACCUCCACUGCGUUCUGGAGGGCUUCGCUGAUGGCACCUGCCAAAAGUGCCUUCCAAAUGCCCAUCUCUGCUGGCACGAUUCGUCCUGUUGCAGUGGCAGCUGCGCGUGGUACCGUUUGUGUCGAUAGGGAACCCGGGUGA